CUCUGGGCCGGGUGCGACUCUGGGCCGGGAGGGCGGGCCUGAGCCCAGACGAAUAGAGUGGGGAGAGGCUCGCGGGUCAUGCCCUGGUCGCCCCGCGCCGUGCUCUUAAGGGACCUAGUCCUUGGAAUAUUGGGCACCCUCGCCUUCCUGAUCGACCUGGGCGCCGAUGUGUGGGCCGCGAGCCAGUAUGUGCUCAGCGGUCGCUACCUGUGGGCCGCGCUGGUGCUGGCGCUGUUGGGCCUCGCCUCGGUCGCGCUGCAGCUCUUCAGCUGGGUCUGGCUGCGCUCCGACGUCUCCAUCCCUCUCGCGCCGAAGCCCCCUGGCCGGUACCUGGCGCUGUUGCAUCUCCUCCAGCUGGGCUACCUGUACAGAUGCGUGCAGGGGCUGCAGCAGGGGCUGCUGGUGUGGCGGCAGGAGGUCCCCUCCGAGUUCGACCUGGCCUACGCCGACUUCCUCUCCCUGGACAUCAGCAUGCUGCGACUCUUCGAGACCUUCCUGGAGACGACGCCGCAGCUCACCCUGGUGCUGGCCAUCAUACUGCAGAGCGGCAGCGCCGAGUACUACCAGUGGGUCAGCAUCUGUACGUCCUUUGUGGGUAUCUCGUGGGCACUGCUCGACUACCACCGGGCCUUGCGCACCUGCCUCCCCUCCAAGCCUCUCCUGGGACUGGGCGCCUCCGUGAUCUACUUCCUGUGGAACCUGCUGCUGCUUUGGCCCCGGGUGCUGGUCGUGGCCCUCUUCUCAGCCCUCUUCCCCCGCUACGUGGCCCUGCACUUCUUGGGUCUGUGGCUGGUGUUCCUCUUCUGGGUCUGGCUGCAGGGUACGGACUUCAUGCCAGGUCCCCACUCUGAGUGGCUGUACCGGGCGACCGUGGCCACCAUCCUGUAUUUCUCCUGGUUCAAUGUGGCGGAGGGCCACACCCGAGGCCGUGCCACCAUCCACCUGGUGUUCCUGCUGCACGACAGCCUUCUCCUGGUGGUGGCCUGGGCGACUCAGAGCACCUGGCUGCCCAGCGGGCACCUGCUGCAGAGCCUGCUGCCCGCAGCCGGGGUCUGCUUCCUUCUGGGGCUGGCUCUGCGGCUGGCCUACUACUGCUGGCUGCACCCUAGCCGCCGCUGGGAGCCCGACCAGGUGGACGGGACCAGGGGUCUCCGCUCCCUUGAGGAGCGUCAGCUCCCGCAGAACAGACGCAUGGCCCAGCUGGCUAAGAACUUUUUCCCCAAGGCGAGGGAUGAAGCUGUUUUGCCAUGGAAGGGAGAGGUGAAUGGUGUCCUUUGAGGCAGGGUCAGACCCAGCCAGGGGGACUCAAGGCCAGAUGGAAUUGGUUGGUAGGAUGAAGAUAAGCUACUAAUGCUGCUAUGGGCCUCGAUUCACUCAAUGAGCCCUGGAUGCCUGAUCUGUUCCAGGUACUGGAGACCAGAGUUGAGUUAAGACAGAGGCCCGCCAUCAAGGAGGAGAACUAGAUGAGAAGGGCUGGGCCCUGCUGGGUCGAGGGCUCCAGUUAUCUAUGAAACACUUUGGGAGGAAAGAAGAGCCUCCACUGCACUCUUCCUCCACCCACAUGUGCCAAAGCAUCCCAGUGUGGCACUUUUACCUCCUCGGCUACCUCUGAAAUAACUGGUGGAGGUGCUGUUUCACCCUUGGUUGCCCUGCCCGGGGCUGAAAGGCCCCAGAACCUCCAGGAUGUAUUCUUUGGAAUUGUCCCCCUCCAGUCAUUCAAUUCAUUCAGCAGAUGCUUACCAAAGGCCUUCUAUGCGCCAGGAGCAUCAUUCUGUUCUUGGCAGAUCAGCUGCCAUCCCAGUUUCAGCUCUUAGCCUCUCCAGCUGCCCCAGAGCAGGCUUUCAUGCUAGAAGCCAGGGGUGCGCAGUUGCCUGGGGUGCAGCUGGCCUAGCCUCUGCCCCUGCUCUCAAGGGGCAACCUUUCAGCCAAGUGCCUUGUGAACCUGCGGUCUGGGCCAUGGCUCAGCCUGUUGAGUAUUUUUUUAUACUUCAGGCGGUGUUCUUUUCUACCUCAGGGUCUGUGCGGGAGGAAGAGGUUUAUGUUUCUAUGUCUCCGUGAGACACAUGUAUGGUGUUUUUGUUAAACAGUGUUAUUAGAUUAUUAUUAAAACCUCAUGGUAUCUUCCAGCCUUAUUGUGUCAUUGAAUCUACUGCCAAGUUCAAAGCUGCCUGGAAAAAAGGGGUCAGGGACACAUAAUCCACCUCUCAAAGUUGGCAAAGCCCCUGGGACCAGAGAAGCGGGCUGGCU